AGACUUUACGAGCAUUCCAACAAACUGGAUUUUUCUCGCGUGAAAGCCGAGAAAUGUCGCAUCAGGAGCAACAAGAGCAAGAAAUCGAGGCUCUCGAAGCGAUUUAUUCGGAAGAAGAAAUUCACGUGGCAAGCCGGGAUUAUCCGAACAUUGAACUAUCGAUUCAGCUCAAGUCAAAUCAGUACGAAGACCCAACGGACGACGAUUUCGACGUGGAAUUAGGCAUCGAAUUUACCGAAAAUUAUCCAGAUGAGAUUCCAAUAAUAACUCUGAAUGGAAUUGAAGAUGCAUUCACAGCCGAACGAAUCGCCGAAUCAAUCGAUAAAUUACGUUCUGUUGCCGAAGAAAAUCUCGGAAUGGUUAUGGUUUUUGCAAUUGUUUCAGCACUUCAAGAUGAAAUUGGAGAGCUUGUUGAUGUGAAAAAACGUGCAAAAGAGGAAAAAGUCGAAAUUGAGAAAGAGAAAAAAGAAGCCGAGAGCCGCAAGAAAUUUGAGGGUACUGUAGUGACACCGGACACAUUCCGAGCCUGGAAGGACAGAUUUGAUGAGGAACGGAAAGCUGAAAUUGAUGCAGCUGAAAAAGAACGAUUGGCAUCGUUGGCUGGACGAUUAACAGGACGUCAACUAUUCCUUCGUGACGCUACACUCAAUCUCUCUGACGUCACACUUAUUGGAGCACAAGAUGAAGUCGAAAUUGAUGAGAGCCUCUUUGAUAAUGAGGAACUCGAAGGUCUUGAAAUGGAUUCCGAAGAAGAAGAAGAAGACGAUGAAGAAUAGGAUUUCCCCUCAAUUUAUUGCAUUUUUCUGUGAUUUUUCGCCAUUUUUUCGGCGAAAAAUCCCGUAAUUUAUCCAUUUUUUUGCCCCCCAGUUUUUGUUGAUUUUCACGGUUUUUCGUUUCAAUUUUUUCCAUUUUUUUGCGUAAAGAUUUGUUUUAGU